UUCCCCCAAUUUCUGUAUUCCUUAUAGGGCAAGAUUUUGCAGUCGCGAUGGAGAAGACUAGGAAACGGCUGCUGGUGAUGAACAGAAGAUUUGCAGAAGAAACAACGGGAAAUAUUGGAAAUGCAAGAAUUUGAGUGCUGAUAAUGAUCUACAGUACUGUGAAAAACAUUACAGGUUUCAUACAGAUUUUGUAACAAGCAAUCCUUCGAUUUUAAAGAAGUGUGAAACUCCAGAUCUAAAGAAGAAGAAGAAGCUGCUGGCUCCUGAUGAGGAGAAUUUGAUCAUCCCUCCGGAUGAAGAGCGUUGUUGUAGAAAUGAUGGAGUAAGAUGGAGAUGCAGGAAUUUUAGGAUAAAUGGUGAUACUACAUACUGUGAAAAACAUUACAAAUACUAUUCAAAGCAGUGGAAUAAGAAGAAGCUUAAGAAGAGAAGUGGAGAUGAAACUAGGGAUUCAAAUUGCUCGAAACGGCCGAGGAAGCGGCGGUUAACGGAGGAAGAUGACCGGAUAAUAAUUCAACCACCUACCACCACUAAUCGUACUAGCUAUCUAGCCAACAAGAAUGAGGAGGUGAAGAAGAUGCUGGCUCCUGAUGAGGAGAGUUUGAUCAUCCCACCAGAUGAAGAGCGUUGUUGCAGAAAUGAUGGAGUAAAAUGGAGAUGCAGGAAUUUUAGGAUAAAUACUGAUACGACAUACUGUGAAAAACAUUACAAAUACUAUUCAGAGCAGCGGCGGAAUAAGAAGAAGCUUAAAAUGAGAGGUGGAGAUGAUAAAGGUGAUGAUUCUGGUCCUGAGAUAGAAACUACGGAUUCAAAUUGCUCGAAACGGCGGCGGCUAAUGGAAGAAGAUGAUAUGACAGGGGGAAUUCCUACUACUAAUGAUACCAGCGCUGAUAGAAUUGUAGAAGGUGGCACUGCAAAAAUUGGGACCAAGAGGAAAAAUGUUCAAAGAGAAAAAGGGUCUAGAGAAAUAAAAUCAUUUAUGAAAACUAAGAAACCUGUAGUUGAAUUGAAUAGCCCGGAGCAAUAUAAUAAUAAGUGUUCUGAAUUGUCUGAGGAGCUUGAGAAGAAGCAAGUGGAUCUGGAGAAGAUGGAAUUGGAGCUUGAGAAGAUGAAAUUAGAGCUUGAGAAGAAGAAAGUGGAUCUUGAGAAGAAGAAUGUGGUAAUUGAGAAGAUGAAAAUGGAGCUUGAGAAGAAGAAUGUGGAGGGCACUAAACUCCGGGGUGAAUUAGAAGAAACUAGAAAGACUGCUGCUGCUAAAUAUGAUGAUGCAACUGAUUAUUGGAAGAAAAAGUGUUCUGAUUUGGAGAGUGUAGUCCUCAAGAUGGAAAAUGAAAAGUCAACAAUGAAAUCUGUAGAGUCUCGCAUUUCUAAUUUGGAGAGCUUAGUCCUUGGGAAUGGAAAGGAAUUGAGAUGUGAAGAAUUGCGUAAUUCUGAAAAGAUGGAGUCUGAAGUGCGGGAUUUGCAGAAUGAAACUACACAAACUGGUGAAAGGCAAAAGGAUAAAAACAACAUGAGCAUACCUACUGUUGAAACCAGCAGUGGAGGGAGUAAGGAUUCUCGCGUGUAUGAACUGAAAACCAAAGGGAAGGUGCUAAAUGUUAAAGAAGGGAGGAAGGGUUGGGGCUGUUUCGAAGGGAGACCCUCUCAACAUGGAUCAUCAUCUCAAGCUCAUCUGGAGAUGAGUAAGAAGAUUUUCGUGAACUUGGACUCAGACUCAGAUGAGGAUGGUGAUACUCUUGGCGACCCAGUGGAGAUGCUGGCAAUCAAAAAUUGGAGUAGGAACAAAGACGAAAUGAAAUGGAAAUCUGAGGCUGAUAUGCUUUCUUCAUUUGAAGAGGAUCCUGAGCUAUGCAUGAAAGCUGUUUGUGCUCUCUAUUGACAGGAAAUAUCUGAAGACGAAAUAUCACCCAAGGAAUUGGUCAUUCACAGUGACACGCUCAGGUAUGUUAAAGCAUUCGCUACACUUUUCCAGUUCACUUAUUCUUAAAAAGUGCAUGCAAUUACUUUUAUCGCAGUUACAAUACAUUGGCUUGUUUAAUGUUGGGUUACAUCCAUAUCUGUUAGCAUGGACUCUUUUCAUAUUCUGCUGUGAAAUUCUAAGUUAUUCUAUUAACAUCUCAAAUAGCCAUAUCACAUGGAUGAUGCCUGUUAUUUGGCUUUAGCUUGGAAAAUUAUGAUAUCAGUUUGGCGGUACUAAGAGCAUUAUUACUUAUAGUACAUCACAACAUCUAAAAAUGUAUUUUAAUUAAGGAUCAAAAUGUGUACAUAUACCCUUUUCUCAUAUCCCUGCCGAAAUAUAGGACAUUCUAUCUCUAAUACAAUCUUGUGGUUGUAAAAUAUAUUUACUGGAGAGUUUUUGGUAUCUGCGUCGACACUACAAUAUGAGAUUUUGGUAUCUGCACAGACUGUGGAAUUUGUAUAUCAAUUAUCAACAGAGUUGGAUGGAACAGGAAAGUUUAGUGGUCAAUUUUUCCAUAAUUGUCUGGUAAAAGAUUUGCUGCCUUUCCUAGAUUUCAAAUUUGUAGUUGACAUGUGAACGGUGGGAGCAAGCUCUUUUCUUGCUUAUGGAUACACAUGCACACCACACUGGAAGGAAAGCCAGCCACCAAAAUGUUCAUAAUUAUUUCCAAGUAUAAAAUGGAAAUCAGAAGAAUCAACAGUAACAUCUUUUCUUGGUUUUCCAUUUCCAUACA